AUGGAGCUGGAGAUGUUUCCAGGCGUCUACGGGCAUGCGUUCCGACAUCUUCUGCCAGAUGUCGACGCUUUGGAGGAGGCCAUGGGCUGCCACAUCUUCCGCGGCUGGCCCGUCUGUGAGGUGGAGGAUGUGGUGCGCAUGCGGCCCGAUUUGGCAUCUUUGCCAGAUUGGAAGGCCUGGGAAACCUACAUUUCCUGGCACAGAUGUUGGAUCUCAGAUCGAGCGAGCAAUUACAUCGACUUCUACAACCGUCACCUCAAACUGGGCGAGGUUGCUGCCUGUUUGAGCCACUUCCGGCUCUGGCAGAAAGCCCUGCGAUGUGACCUCGACGUGUGCAUCGUUUUCGAGGAUGAUGCAAGGCCUACCGAGGAAGGGCUCCGGCGCUUCCAAGAAGAGGUCGACUGCCUGACAAGAUUGGGCGUGUCCUGGGAUCUGGUCUACUUGCAUUCUUCACUCUACUCCAAGGGAGAGGAGCCGAAGCUUGAAGGAUGCAACCUCCUCUUUGCAGGGCAUCGGAAGUGGGCAGGUGCUUAUGCCCUGUCCCGACGCGGUCUUGAGAAAUUGACGAGCAGCGGGUAUGAGAAUUGCAUCUUCCCUGUGGAUGACUUCCUUCCCGCAUUGCACUCGUUCCAUCCGCGACCGGACGUGCGCGAUCUUCCUUGCGUCCAGGGCCUGUCUUCGGACUUCAUUGCGCUGACCUUCCCAGACGGAAGUGGCGUGGUGCAGGUGGCAGACAGAGGCUCCGUGAGCAAGUACUCCGCCGUCAUUUUGGGAGAUCUCGGCGCGCUGCUGGGAGAUUCGGAUGACGACCAAAAGGCGGAGCAUCCUCGAAGCCUGCACGAGGAAGCCUUCUUUGCUGUCGACAUUGAGACCGCGGCAGCUGCCCUGAGCCGGCAUGGUUUCUCCGUGCUGCAGCUGCCACAGGCGACAGAUUGCUUUCAAGCCGCAGAGGAUGUUUGGCGCGACUUCUUCGCUGCUCCCGGAGAAAAGUACUGCGGCCUUCGACAAGGCUCACCUGGGCUUAUGUUGCCGCUGGCGGAUGCUGGUUACACCUUGCAAAGUGCUCGGCAACACUUCCAUCUGGUCAUGGGCGCUGCAGACUACCAGGCCUGA